CAAACUUUGGGUACGUCGACCGGAGGACCGGUCGUCCUGGUUCCACAGUUUUGUUACAUCGCCCCCUUUUUUUUGUUUCUAUCCUCGGUACUCCGUACCUGAUCUCCUGAUCUAAUGGGCAGCGUCAUCGCCGUUAGCCUUACUCCGACGACCUCGACAGACAGAUAGAAAUAUAUAGGUCCCCGAUUUGUUUCGGUGGACUCUUAAGAGGUCAAUCUCGAACGACGUUGCUCUUGCUCAGAGCAGGAGCGUGCGGACCUCGGCUUCACUGCCUUGGGAAUGCAGAUGUCUCAUGCUAGCUGCUUUCAAUUGACUCCCUCAGAUUCAUUCAUGAGGCACUUCAAGACUUUAUACAACAACGAUGACACCUAAGCGUUUCAAGCUAUGGUCUUGUCCGCUGCCAGAGAUGGUGGAUGACCGACAAACAAGGACACGACCAGCAUGGAAACCUACGACAUGACAGCAGUUCAAAACGCACAAUCAGCCAGCAGAACGUGUGACAGACAAUGAAUUGAUCCUUGGUACGAGCACGACUACGUGGAGUGCAAGACCGACGAGGCUCCGAACGCGCGCACACACAGGUUCUCGGAACGAAAUCCUCAAGAAACAAAUUUUUGUUGGCUCGCGAUCAAGCCACGAGAACAUCCACAAGACGAAAUUCUAUGCACCGGAGAUCCGAGACAUGGAUCUAUCUCAAUGAGUCUUCAACUGAGUCUAUUCAGGGGUUUCGUGGCCGGUUGCCAAGCGUGAGGGUUUUCUCAGUCCACGAUAACUAUAUUCCUCAGGAAAUGGGUCUUCUACUCUACUGGGUAUCGACAAGGUCGGAGUGUAUUUGGUCCGGAAUCUCCCCCGAACGGAGAUUAGGAACCAAGAUGGUCCAAAAGCGUUACAACACGUUACACUACUUUACGGUAUGGAAAACUACGAGUACGUUACUGGCAACGGGUUUAGCGACAACGACCGGAAAGCAGCGACGACUACAUCUCACGUCGGGUAAAUAUUACUCCUUUGGGAUUCAUUCAUGAUUAUGUCCUGUCCAGCGAAGCGAAGUUGGGACGGUAUCGGCAGAAAGAGACUGGAUGUCAAAAUGAGAAGGGCAAGGCGGGAGACGCUCACGGCCAUCACAGAAGCGAGCUGAGCUUUUCUCGCCUGACAACUUUGGUCUACCGGUUCUACUGGAGCAUACCACCACCAUCACCACCGCCACCAAACCGUCACUCAUGAGACACUGAAGCAGCCCACGGACUAUUGCACUGUCGCUUGAACACGAACGCCUCCCAGUCCAGACCGCAGACCGGCCAUGAAAUGUCGAGGUGCCGUUUCCGCUCGCCUCGAAGCAUGUCUCACCCGGACACACUCAUACAAACCAGACUCGGACAGACCAUCAAACCUUGUCGACGACCAUCAAGCCCCGAAGAAUUUCAAGGUCUCGAACACGGAGAAGCCACAAUGCAAAGUCGGACCGUCACCAACCAGCACACAUUAUUGCUCGGAACUCCACGGCAUGCAGGAACGGCGCAUGUCUUUGUAAGUGUAUGCACAUCAUAUGCAUGGUCGGACGAGGAUCUGGGUGAAAGCCCCUCAUGCUCCUCCUCCGGAAAGUCAAAAAUCGGUUCGUCUUUCCUGCAGGUACAGCUUGUCGUCCGGCCCUCCCGGAAAAAAAAACGGUCCAACACACGACUCCGGUUUAUCACACUUUGAGUGACAAAGAAAAAAGAACCAAAAAAACAGAAAGGGAGAUAAUUCCACAAUCUUUUUUUUACUCCGUACAGAGAGUAUGCCAUUUUUGGGGUCCCGAGCCGGCUCGGAAGCUACCAUGACCUGACACUUGCCCACUUUGCGCGGGUGGUUAUUUCGA